AAGUAAAUGUCGCCUGUCAAAAACUAAAUUAUUCCCAAAUUUUCAGUAAGCAAGAAUGCAUUAAAAUUAUCAAGUAUAUAAUGUUAUCCAUUGAAUCAUAUAAUCAUACAGAUUAUGAGCUAAAAGAUGACGGUGCUGAGGAGAAUGAACUUGAAGAGCCAUACACACGUAUAUUUGAGAACCAUGAAUUUUCCGAAUCCGAGGAAGAAAUGGAAAAAUUGGAAUCCAUAGAGGGAAUGGCUGGAGAAUCUAAAGAAGACAACGUAAUAGUUGAAUCGAAAGAACAGAUGGAUGCGUUUCUUCAGAAACUGUUCCGUUGCGACUUGUACGUUUUAGGCCGAAUUUGGAUUGAAGCAUUAAAAGCAGUUUUGGUUGGAGCUCAACUACGUUUGAUACCAGUAGUCCAUGCUGCUAAGCCACCUCCUCCUCCGACUAGACCCCCAAAAAUGCGCUACAAAGACCUACCCAUAUACGACACACCCCAUUAUGAUUACAAAGAGUAUGAACUUCAAAAACAGAGCUGUCCAGCGGCUAAAACGAAACUGAUGCACAACUACUUACUACCUUAUGUAAAGCAAUAUAGGACUGAUUUGCAAGGUCAACUUUGCAAGUUGAAAUGUACAGCUAAAUGUACUAUAAAAGAGACUAAAAACAGUCUAGUAUGUACUACGAACGAUAUAAAAAAAUACAUGAGAGACCCGAACAAUAUACAAAUAAGACAAGGUUUGGUUGGAUCAGGCACGAUGCUCGGUUGGAUGAUGGGAGCGAAUGUGCCAAAGAAGAUUUUCUUUGCCGGCCUUGGAGGACUGUCGACUGGUGCUCUGUGCUUUCCAGAGGAGACUGAUGAAGCUUUUAGAUCGUUUAUGGCGCAAACUGGACACGUUCUGUUGGCGAUCUACAAUGCUUAUUGUAAUAAGAAUGUUGCCUUCAGAGCUAGUGUGCCGUGCACCAAGGAGCUGCCGGGUGAACCGCCGAAACGAAAGCCACAAUGUCCUAAGAAGAAGUAAAGGAAUUCAAAUUUGAAUAUUCUUUGUCCGUUAUAAGCGUUUCGAUCUGUCAGCUGUCACACUUUACACCGAAAUAGAAUUUGUUCUGUUUAGUUUUUAAUUUUAUGCUUGAUCUCAUUACUUUAGGGUAAAUUGCAAGACAAACCUGUUUUAUUUUUA